AGCCAUCCUGAACGCAGCAGGUUCUCUCAUGUGACUGAAGUCAGCUGACAGCAGAAGGCGGAGGGCGGAAGCAGAGAAAAACAUGGUGGUGUUACUGAGCAGGCUUCCUGCGACAGACUGUAUAAAGUUUUGUCACAGGGUGGUGGACGGUCUGUGUGGCCGGGAGCCCCCCCGCAGGUCAGAUCACGGCACCACCUGGAGCCCGGAGGAGUGGCUGCAGCUGCUGGACUCCCUGAGCGCCUUUUUCCGCCUGGCCGUGGGCAGCAACAGCUCGGAGGAAGAGGUGCUGGGGGGGCUGGCAGAUGUUGGCAGCAGCCAUGCCGAGGCGGUGCUGAGCGUGCUGAGGGCCAGACGGGAGGAAAUCCGUGACGCUCUGCUGGACAGAACCAACUCCAUUUCCUCCGCCACCCUGCAGGACUUCGACUGGCAACUCAGGCUGUCCCUGUCCAGUGAUAAGAUCUCGUCCCUGCACACCCCUCUGCUCAGCCUCAGUCUGGAUGUGAGGGAGGACGCAGCCCUGCGCUCCGUCACCAUGGAGAUGAACAGAGAAGAGUUAAACACACUCAUCAGUUCCCUAGAGGCCGCCAACAAGGUGGUGCUGCAGAUGAAAUGAUGGACAGAUUGUGGAGGAAUUAUCCCACUUAAACCCAGGACUACAGGAAGUCCAGCGGAUGUUUGUCAGGGCCUCAGAAACUGUGAAAGAGACACUCUGCCACGCCGUGUGUUGGAGGCACAAUGACAGUCAUAUACAUGAAUAUGUUUAUGAGCAGUAGAACUCUAACUUUGUUUUUGCAAUGCACUGUGUUGUAUCGGGAUCUUGUCAAAGUACAUUUUUAUUUGCCUCUUCACAAUGUAAAAUCAAAUUCUUGUGUCCAUUCCAUUUUUACAAAUGGUAGAAAAAUGUGCUAACAAUAAAUACCACAUUAACUGUAUACCAUACUUAUAUCACAGUAUACUUAUUUGUGAAGUUUGAAUGUUGUGCUAUUGAAUAAAAGUUUGAAUGUAUAGAAUGAAACAACACAUUUUCAAGCUAUUAGUUAUCAACGAGACACAGCCACAUUUUUUAUGUGAUUAAUUUGUACAAAUGUUGCUGCAAGAAACGUAUUAAAUAGGCAAAAUAACAUCAAUAAAAUAUUCUAAAAAUGG